CGUAAAGCCAGGAAGCAGAUGGACUUACUGUUUAGUAAACAUUCAAGCGGGCUUUGUCAAGUUGUAAAUUAACUUACCCUUGCGGUUCUGGUUGGAUAUUAAGGCUGAAGAUACAGUUUGGUGUUUUUACAUUCUCAGGAAGUGUCCGUUCACGCUGGACAAGCAUACGAUUGACCGUGUUUCUGUAAAUUUACUCCAGACCGGCUGUCAAAUCGGAGUUGGGUGUCUGACAACGUGCGCUUCAUGAUGUGAUGUUUUUGGAGAGUGGGGAUCUUUGACACUUCUUUCUCUCCAGAUGAAUGAAUGACGUGUAGAUAGGGUUAGCUGUGAUGUUACCCCGGCUUGUGAGAGUGAUGCAGACGAGACAUGUAGCAGGAGUGUUGCUAGCUGUCUCUUUGACAGCGAUCUUUGGUUGUCUUCACUUGCUGAGUGAAGUGGCUCGCCUCGAUGAUGCAAGGGUCAGAUUAGAGCGAGCAGUCACCAAAUUACAGCUGGAUAACAUGGAUAUUGCCCGGAGGCCAUUAUCAUUUGCCAAUGAUCAGGAACUGGCGGACAAUGAUAAUGAUGAUCUUAUCAUUAUAUACAACCGAGUUCCCAAGACAGGCAGUACAUCAUUUGCAGGCAUCGCGUAUGAGCUGUGCCAGAAAAAUAGAUUUCAUGUACUUCAUAUAAAUAUCACAAAGAAUGCUCGUACAUUUUCCUUGUCAGAUCAGAUGCGGUUCAUCACUAACAUCACCAGCUGGACAGAGAAGAAGCCUGCACUGUAUCAUGGUCACGUAGCCUUUAUUGAUUUCUCAAGCUUUGGUUUGCUGAAGAAGCCCAUAUACAUUAACAUAGUACGCGACCCCCUGGAUCGGCUGGUGUCCUACUACUACUUUGUGCGAUAUGGAGACGAUUUUAGACCCUCCCUCAAGCGCAGGAAAGCAGGCAACAAAGAGACAUUCGACGAAUGUGUCAAUCGGAAUGGGGAAGACUGUGAUCCUGGAAAUCUCUGGCUACAAAUUCCAUUUUUCUGUGGCCAAAACGCUGAGUGCUGGGUUCCUGGAAGUAGAUGGGCUCUGGAACAGGCCAAGCACAAUCUGAUCCACCAUUACCUUGUGGUGGGUGUUACGGAGGAGCUUGGUGACUUCAUUGCAGUGUUGGAGGCAACUCUACCACGCAUGUUCCGAGGGGCUGUCCAGCUGUACAACUCAGGUCGCAAGUCCCAUCUACGGAAAACCACCAAGAAGAUUGCUCCCAAACCAGACACCCUGGCCCGAAUUCAGGAGUCCCCAAUAUGGCGGAUGGAGAAUGAGUUUUAUGAGUUUGCUGUACAACAGUUUCAUUAUGUGAAGCAUCAGACAUUUGACCUCGUAGAUGGGGAAUAUGUUGAAAAGGGAAACCGUUUUACCUAUGAAAAAAUUCGGCCUAGAUGAAACUGACAUGAGACUCAUGUCAUCAUAAGCUAGAGAGAAUUUACAGAUUAUCAGGACUGAUUCAAGGGAAGAAAUACUCUACCAGGAAAUGGCAAUGCUGUUUAUGUCUCUUUGAGGAAGAUGUGCCGGAGGUUUCUACACUUACACAAAAAACGGAUUAAUGAAAUGUUCAACCAAAAAAUACCCCCUUUAUGAUGUUUUGUGAUUUUUCUUGGAAAUACAUAAACAAAGUAUGGCAAACAACAUGGUAUUCUGUGGAGGUUCUUCCACUACUUCAAUACAAUUUAUUCAAAAGGGCUUUAGACAGAACCCUGUAAGCUAUUAAUGAGGAUGAAAUUGUUCAAUUAAUGACUUCACUGUAUGGUGCAGAACCCUUGUCAGGUUUUCAGUUCCUUCAAAAACUUUCCUAUCCUGAUAUUUAACUCAGAAUAAUCCAACAGUGGUCAUACAGGGCAUUUAAAAAAUAUGUCAUAUGCUUGAUUACCAUGGUAACUGACCUCAAUGACUGAGUCAUGCCCCUGAAGCAGGAUCACAUAAAACAGACAUGGUGUAAUAUGUACAUAUGUUAACGGUUAAGAAUCCUGUCUCUUGUAAGUUCUCUUGCCAUCAACCAAUGAAGAUAGUGGAGAUACUGAAAGGAACCUCAGUUGAUACUGACUCAUCCUUGAUAAUCUCCAGGGUAUGCGUUCUGAUAAAUCUCCACUAGUACCCUGGAUGCAUCUAUGGCUUUUCAUCCAAUCAGGUGUACCAAUCACAAGGCUUCUAUCAUAACUCACUUCCCUAAAUCUGAGUCACACAGCGAGCAAGUGUUCGCAGCUGUCUUUGUUGACACUGGCAAGCUCGGUUGUAAAGGCUUAUCUGAUUGGCUACUGUGAAAAGGUGGAGCCAGCAAAGGGAGGUAAUACAAUUAUCGAGCCAUAGAUGCAUCCAGGGUACUUAGUGGAGAUUUAUUGUAACAUAUACCCAGGAGAUUAUCGAGGAUGAUACUGACUGGGCGUAUUUCCUUUAGUCGUUAUGGUCUGUCAUUAGUAAGUAAGUAUCACUUUCAGCUAUUGAGAAAGUAUGCUUGUGAUUUAUGCAGGUGAAGUCAGACCAACACUGGCAUUAGAGGGUGAAGGUAAUUUAAAUCCUAGGGGCUGGAUGUUUUUGUUUCAAGAUUUUACUGCUUUCUGUGACAGCUGCAGAAUUGAUUCCUGUUUUAAUAAUAAAUGUCAUAUUUUUAUUAUUGUGCAAACUGGCUAUGAAUAUUGCUAUAUUUAUCCUUGACACCAAUCAAUCGUUUAAGAGUUGACAAAAUCAUACAAGUCGCCAUUAACAAUGUUGCUCUGUGAAUAUUCAGUGAAUAACCAUUACAACACUGAUUAUAUGAAUAUUCAGUGAAUAUGCCAGUUACGGUGUGUAUAUUCAUGUAAUAUUCACAUGUCAGUGAAUAACCAUUACAACACUGAUUAUAUGAAUAUUCAGUGAAUAUGCCAGUUACGGUGUGUAUAUUCAUGUAAUAUUCCCCUGUCAUGCUGCCAUUGUCCACAUUCAGUGAAUAACCAAUUAUAACACUGAUUAUAUGAAUAUUCAGUGAAUAUGCCAGUUACGGUGAGUAUAUUCAUGUAAUAUUCCCCUGUCAUGCUGCCAUUGUCCACAUUCAGUGAAUAUACAAUUGCCACACUGUUACAUUUCAAAGAGCUAAGUUUGAUGGCAUUUUGUAGACAUCAGAUUGUUGUUGCCACUCGAUAACAUUCAAAUAGUUCUCUUUAGUGACAAAACCAAGUCAUGAUUUAUUUGUGUUGUCAUUUUGUUUUGAGGCCUGACAUUCAGAGCCUGGCCAGCCAGUACUGUCACAUGUGUGUUGGCAAUCAUCUGUAUGAUAUGCAUUUACUUAUAGUCCCUGGAGGAAUCCUAGAUACCGAGAUCGCAGAUUAAACGGAACUGAGAUUUCUUCCACCAGUUCCUUCAGGGGCUGGUUCCUAACUUUGAGGGUUACUUCAAGGGAUUGCUAUAAUAUGAUCUUGUGGCUUCGACUUGAAGCUGGAUGUCAUUCAGGAAAAUUGUAAUAUAACAGAACGACAACAAACAGCCGAAUGAAUAAUCGUUUGUUGAAGAAUGUAAAACAUUAGACUGUACCAAUCAUUAAAUGAGGUGAAGGUCAUUACAAGGUCAUGACCUUGUUUGAGCGUGGAAGAAGUGUGUAUAUUUACUACAAGAAGGGUUGUACAGGUGUUUAAUCUAAUGAAGAAAUGCAUUUUUGUUGGGUGUAUGUGAAUUAUGGGUGCGUGUAUGGCAAGUUGUAUGGGUGUACACAGGAGAGGUGGGAUUGUAAUGGUGACGGGACAGUUACGACAUGUAAUGUGAAGGUAGGAUGAAAGGUCACUGUAACACAAAUCCUCAAACAACAUCAUUGUACACUUGUCAUUUGCUGUAGUGUGAACCUUGAGAUAACAUUUGACACAUGUCAGGCACAUCCAUUUCAACUGGUUGACUGUCUUUGUUAAGGCGUAUGUAUUUCAAUAUUAAUAUUUCUGCAUACUUUGUCUUAAGUCCCUUGACCCUGACAAGUAAACGCCAAAUGGAGCUUAUAAAUGUGGUAGUCCUUAAAUCUUACCACUAAAUGCCAAAGGGAGAAUGGAGCUCGUAUUGUUAGAGGAAAAUCUGCUAUAUAUAAGAUUAAGACCUUGAGUGGUAAACUUACUUGAUAUUGAUGUUGUCCAAUAGUCCAUAUUCUGAUCAUCAAGUGAGUUUGUUCAAAUUGCCUCUGUUCACCCAGCAGAAAAUGGGUACCCGGUUGGAUAAGUCAUGUGACUAUAGCCUUCUAGCGCCUAACAGGCAGCUUGGGUUAUCCGGGGUAAUAAGAACCAGAUUCUGAUUAAGCGCCGCGAGCAAUCACUUGGUGUUUGGAACCGUGCGCUAUAAAAGAUGACUUAUCAUUAUUAAUAAUAUGAUUCUAGCUGCUGCUACAAAUGGCCUCCAUGGUUGUACGCAACUCUACUACAGAUACAAGACAGGUAUAUAAAGCACCAUAGAAGGUACUGGUGCCAAGAGCAGAUUGUAAGAUCAGUGCCACUUCCAAGAAUUCAACUCACAUGUUCAGACUAGUGAUGUUUCCAGAAUUUCUGCAAUGGUGAUAAUCCUAGAAAAGGACUUUUUUCUGUCAAAAAGUCCUCCAUAUCCACUAGGGGUGACUAUUGAGGGGGAAACAACUAUUGCGACAGACUAUUGCGACUAACUAUUGCAAUAGUUUUUUUUCUCCUUGAAUUGUCUCAUUUCAAGUCAUUUCUCAAAUGAAUGUAUAGUUUAUAUGAGAUAAAAACAAGUUGAAGUAGUUUCAGUUUCUUUUUAUAACUGACAAGAAACUUGAAACCUAGAUCAAGUAAACAGUUAAAACAUAAGCUUAUUGUUAUUGACAUUUUCAAACUCCAAGUCGCAUGCUGUGUUGCGACCAUGUUGGCUUAAGAGGUAACGGGUGGAUAACAAAGUGAACGAAUCUGUGCAUCAAUAGUUCUUCAUUUCUGCCAUUGAUUAAUUGCUAUCAGAGACCCAACAAUUGCAAUCUAUCGAUAGUUUGCUGCAUAGUUACAGCACUAAUAUCCACAGAGUACUAAUUCAGUACUAGUCCCUUGACGAGGCAGUGCAGGAGAGAUGAUUGUUAGGACAUGCUACUUGUGAGUUGAUUGAGGGUUUUUGUACAGGAUGAAUGGGUGUCUGAAUAUUUAAUUAUUGUGUACAUAUUUUGUGAAAUGUUGACCUAUAUCGAGACAGGACUUCUAGUUAGUAUUACCUGGAGAUGACAACACUCUGUGAUUCAAGGUCAGAUGUGACCCUUCUAAAAGCUUUAAGCCAAGUAAUGACCAUAUAUGGUAUCAGCAUGUGUUCACCUCUCGACUUUACCACUGUCCAUAAAACUUGCAUUUCAUGUUAUUUACUGAUGUAAGGUACAGUCAGUAUAUCUGUGUAAAGAGACAAUAAACAGUUCUACAUGGAAUCCAUGUAAACUGAUUCAAAUGCAAGUGUUGGUAGACAGCUUGAGUUUGAUUAUUUCAUUAUUGAAACAGAGAAACAACACUGACUAAUAAUACAUGGCCUGAUCUAUGAAGACUUUUAGACAUAUUUGGUAUGUUGUUAGGUAAGUAGUUUGAUUCCUUUUCACUAGGCCAGAAGCCCUGACCAAGGAGGACUUUAUGAAACACGCAAUAGCCUAGCUCGAAGUACAAUAUAUUCCCAUGUGCUCUAAAUGUUUUACUUGUAAACCAGAACGAAAAGCUGCUGAACUGUAAGACUUGAGGAAGUUAUUGCACAUCUUAUUAGAGAUUUUAUCUUAAUGUUCAUCUAGCUUCUACAAUUUUUACUCCAGUUACCAUGGUUACUUUCAUCAGCUCACACUGUGUGAAAAAAGACGACAAAAGACUGGGUUUUUUAGAUGUUAUGUGUCUUAAAACAUUUUGUGAAAUCAUCUUGCUGUUUGAUGAUGUAUUUGCUCAGUUUCAUAUGGAGAGUGACUUGAUUUGAAGCUAGGUGAAUCAUUACUGCUUCCUGUUUGAUGACACGUAUAUGUAUCACUAUGUACUUGAAUACAUGAGGGUGAUCCUGAACCCAUAUUGGUCUAUAGUCAAAUGAAUGUCAUGUGCCAUGAAGUGUGUAUUAUAUGUACAUUGGAUGUAUAAAUUUGUUCUUGUAUUUAGGAGGCAAACAUCUGAUUCUUCCUUUCAUAGACACAAAAUCAUUUCUGAGUGUUUUAGAGCGAAAUUUGCUUUCAGUCAUCAGUAGUAAGCCGAAUCUGUUGAAUGUUUCGCUUUAGAUGUUGAAACUAUCAAUCCUUAUUCAUCCUCAGUGAUCUUAGUAUAGCUCUUAUCAUAAAACAUACCUCAGAUUUCUGUAGUCAAAGCUUUAAUUAUGGUGGAUGGAUGUAUAUUUACGUGGUGUAAUUACAACAAAAUCAAAUUUUUGCCUCACUCUUGUAAAAAGCCAUAGUUAUCACCAGAACUAUUUUCAAAUCCUAAAAGGUCUAUAAACUUCAGUCUUUGAUUCUCAACAUGUCAUGUGGAAGUCAUGCAGUGUAUGGGUUAUGUGAUUGUCAUGUGACAGGUCAUGUGAUCAGUGUCAUGUACGUCAGGUGAUCAAUGUCAUGUGACCAAGUCACAUGGUAAGGUUGUAUUUUAUGGGCUAUUGUCCACUGCAAUUAAAGAUAUUUCAUCUUAAA